CGUGGAUUGGACCGGGCAACACUAAUUACGACCUCCAUUCAUCCUUCGUCUCAUCAAAAUACUACCUUUACCACCAUUUUCUACAAAAAUCACUAUAAAAGUCUCUUAGGAGGUUCAUUGGUGUAGUUUUUGUUAAGCUCAAACUUAUUAUAAGCUAGUUUUGAAAUGAAAAUGGCGUUGAAAUCUUCGCCGGUUAUUUUCGGGUGGCUCUCUCGGUUGCCUCGGCAUUUCUCUACUUCUAGCGCUUUAGCUGCUAAGCCUAUGACUGUGCGUGAUGCCCUCAACAGUGCGAUUGAUGAGGAGAUGGAAAGAGACGACAAGGUGUUCAUAUUGGGCGAAGAAGUGGCCCAAUAUGACGGAGCCUACAAGGUGACCAGAGGACUAUGGAAGAAGUACGGUGACAAGCGAGUAAUAGACACACCAAUCACAGAAAUCGGUUUUGCCGGUAUUGCUGUUGGUGCUGCAUUCGCUGGUCUCAAACCUAUUUGUGAAUUCAUGACAUUCAACUUCUCUAUGCAAGCUAUUGACCAUAUAAUAAACUCAGCAGCGAAGACAUUCUACAUGUCAGCUGGAGCGUUACCAGUGCCCAUUGUGUUCCGUGGCCCCAACGGAGCGGCGGCGGGCGUGGCUGCCCAGCACUCGCAGUGCUUCGCCGCCUGGUACAGCCACUGUCCCGGCUUGAAAGUCCUCAUGCCUUACACUUCUGAAGAUGCUAAGGGUCUUCUCAAGGCAGCUGUCAGGAGUUUAGACCCAGUUGUAGUAUUAGAAGAUGAAAUUCUUUACGGUGUUCCAUUCCCCAUGUCUGAUGAGGCACUCGAUUCCAAUUUCGUAGUCCCAAUAGGUAAAGCUAAGGUUGAAAGGGAAGGUAAACACAUCACACUAGUAUGCGCCGGUCGAGGAACUGACACAGCGUUGAACGCUGCCAAGGAACUCGCGCGAAGCUCAGGAAUCGAAUGCGAGGUAAUCAACCUACGUUCCAUCAGGCCCCUCGACUUCGACACGAUUGCGCGAUCCAUUUCGAAGACACACCACCUCGUUACAGUCGAACAGGGAUGGCCACAAUCCGGUAUCGGCGCGGAGAUAUGCGCGCGCGUGAUGGAGUCUCCGUCGUUCUUCGAGCUGGACGCGCCGGUGUGGCGCGUGACGGGCGCCGACGUGCCGAUGCCGUACGCGCGCGCCCUCGAGGUCAACGCCCUGCCGCGCCAUACUGACGUCAUCGCCGCCGUCAACGCUGUGCUCGGGAACAAGAUAAGUGCAGCAAGUAGCCAGUGAUUGGGAAUCUCUAGUAAAAUGCCAUCUUUACUGAAGGCUUGACAUUCAAGUGUAAAUAUUUUUUAUUCACCUCGUUAAUUAUUUACAUUUUAUUUAUUUUAAAUGAAAGAGAUGUUGGUAAUAAAUCAUGUUAUUUUA